UGUUAUUCUUCAGUUGUAACAGUUGUGAUGUUAAUAUUGUUACUGUUGAAUGCCACAUCAGCAAAGUCCUUUGCAUCUACUACAUCCAAAGAAGCGGAAGUUCAAUGUGCAGAAAACGGAAGAUUUUAUCGGAAAGAGGAAGUUGGCGAUGAUGCAUUCGAAUGCUCCAAAUAUUUCCUGUGUUUGGACGGGGAGGAAUUUGAGUUCCGGUGCUCGCAAGGAUUGCUGUUCGACAUUCAUCGCCAAACGUGUGAACCAGAAAAACAAGUUAAUAACUGUAACGUCACAGUUAAAGCAGAAUUCCAUUUUUCAUCGUCAGAGGUGCCACGGAAAGUAUUAGAAUUAUCAGCAACAAAAAUAAAUUAUCGUGCACAAGUACCACGCACCGCUUCAGAACCUUUUGAAAAUUGUAAAAACGACGAGAUAGAAUGCGACAGUGGCGAAUGUGUGUUAAUUGACUACGUGUGUGAUGGAUAUCCGGACUGUGCUGAUGGUGAUGAUGAAGAGUCGUGUGAUCCUGAAAAUAAUCCUAACCUUGCAACACCAUGCGAUACAACUAUGUGCCGACUACCGGAUUGUUAUUGUUCAAAAGAUGGAACAUCAAUUCCAGGCCAUAUGAAUUCAGAUAAUAUUCCUCAAAUGAUAACGCUGACAUUCGAUGAUGCAAUUACAUUCGAUAACAUUGAAAUAAUCUCUAAAAUCUUCAAAUCUCACAGAAGGAAUCCAAAUGCUUGUCCAAUCAAAGCUACGUUCUUUGUUAGUCAUUACAACAAUAAUUACUUUUUGACACAGAAAGUGUGGAACAACGGUCAUGAGAUGGCGAUACAUUCUAUUACUCAUCGUAGUGCUAAAGAAUGGUGGUUAUACAAUGCCACCGUUGAAGACUGGUUUGAUGAAAUGGUUGGACAAGCCAACAUCAUGCACAAAUAUUCAAAAAUUCAUAUGGCCGACAUCAGGGGAUUGCGAGCGCCUUUUCUUAAUCUCGGAUGGAACCGGCAGUUUCUCAUGAUGAAAGAAUUCGGAUUUAUUUAUGACAGUUCUGUAAUCGCACCUUCAUCAAGCAAACCACUGUGGCCUUAUACUCUAGAUUUUGCCAUUCCACACACGUGUAAAGAUAACGACGGAAAUUGUCCUACAAACGCAUUUCCGGGAAUUUGGGAGCUUGUUAUCAAUCCAUUCCAAGUCGGUCAAAGUUCUUGUUCUCUGCCAUAUGCAUGUCCCUAUUUUACAACUGCAGAUGAAUUUUAUACAGCAUUAGUUUAUAAUUUCAAAAAACAUUACACAACUAACAGGGCACCAUUUCGGAUUUCUCUGCAAGCAUCAUGGGUUAAAAAGCAUGGGGUUGUGCAGGUUAUUGAGAGAUUUAUAGAUGAAGUUCUACGUCUACCAAAUGUGUGGUUUGUUACGAAUUGGCAACUAAUUGAAUGGAUGAAGCAACCAACACCAAUAGAAAAGCUUCACAGUUUUAAACAAUGGCAAUGCCAAAGGAAGGUUACUUCUUUAGACAAAGCAUGCGAUCAACCAAUUGCUUGCAAACUGUACAGCAAUUUUUUUAACAAACAAAAGUACUUAUAUACCUGUCAGGAGUGCCCUAAAGUAUACCCUUGGUUCAGAAACGAAUUUGGAAUUGACUAGAUCAAUCAUUCCAGAAUGUAGGAGUAUGUACAUACUUGAAGGAAGUGAUGCAAUUCAUCUUGUACUUCUUUUAUUCUUGUCUUAUUCACGUUGAAACAUCUUGCAGUUUAUUAAGGUGAGAUUGUAUACCAGAAUUGAAAUACCUAUCAGAUUAAAAUUAAGAAAUAGAGGCUAGCUGUUAAUGACAUCUAAAGCUAGAAAUUUUUUCUAAAAACUUCUGUGGUUUUAACAUUACUGUUUGACAUUCUGUUCGGUACGGCAUUUUUAACUUUUGAAAAUAUUUGAAAAUUGUGCGAUUUAUUUCACAGGAAUUUUAACAAAACUCGACUGUGGGAACUUGGACGUUGAUUGCAAUUUCGUUCCAAAUGUUCCAUUGCCUUUUUGCCC